AUGCCGCCCGGCGCGCCCGCCCGCCUGGCUCUGGCCCUGGGCCUGGGCCUGUGGCUCGGGGCUCUGGCGGGGGGCUCCGGGCACGGCUGCGGGCCGUGCGCGCCCCCCUGCCUUUGCGGCCCGGCGCCAGGCACCGCCUGCCGCGUUAACUGCUCGGGCCGCGGGCUGCGGACACUCGGGCCCGCGCUGCGCAUCCCCGCGGACACCACCGCGCUAGAUGUCUCCCACAACCUGAUCCAGGCGCUGGACAUCGGGCUCCUGGCGAACCUCUCUGCACUGGUGGAACUGGACAUAAGCAACAACAGAAUUUCUACCUUAGAAGAAGGAGUAUUUGAUAAUUUAUUUAAUUUAAGUGAAAUAAACCUGAGUGGGAACCCGUUUGAGUGUGACUGUGGUCUGGCUUGGCUGCUACGCUGGGUAGAGGAGCAGCAGGUUCGUGUGGUACAGUCUAAUGCAGCCACCUGUGCUGGGCCCAGCCUCCUGGCUGGCCAAUCUCUCUUCAAUGUCCCCUUGUUGGAUAGUAGCUGUGCUGAGGAGUAUGUCGCCUGCCUCCCCGAUGACAGCUUGGCCACUGUGGUAAUGGUGUCUUUCUCUGCCCACGCGGGCCUGCUGGAGCCUGAGAUGUGCAGUGCCUUCUGCUUCUCGUCUGGUGAGGGUCUUGCAGCCCUCUCAGAGCAGGGCCAGUGCCUGUGUGGGACAGUCCAGCCCCACAAUGUCUCUGCAGCCUGCCUGUCCCUAUGCUCUAAUACCCCGCUGCUCCCAACCACCAUCUGCAGGGGUCCCACCCUUCUCCAGCACAUCUUUCCUGCUUCCCCAGGGGCUUCCCUGGUGGGACCCCAUGGACCCCUGGCCUCUGGCCAGUCAGCAGCCUUCCAUGUCAUUGCUCCACUACCUGUAAGCUCCAUACGCUGGGACUUUGGAGAUGGCUCCCCUGAGGUGGAUGUGGCUGGCGCGGCUGCCACUCAUAGAUAUGUGCUGCCUGGGCGCUAUCAUGUGACAGCUGUGCUGGUCUUGGGGGCUGGAUCAGCCCUGCUGGGGACAGAGGUGCACAUAGAGGUGCCACCUGCUGCCCUGGAGCUUGUGUGCCCAACCUCCGUGCGCAGUGAUGAGAGCCUCAAACUUGGAAUCCGGAACCGUGGAGGCUCAGCCCUUGAGGCCACCUAUAGCAUCCUGGCCCUGGGCGAGGAGCCAGCCCAAGUGGUGCACCCACUCUGCCCCUCAGACACGGAGAUCUUCCCUGGCAAUGGACACUGCUACCGGCUGGUGGCUGAAAAGGCACCCUGGUUGCAGGCACAGGAGCGAUGCCGGACCUGGGCUGGGGCCGCACUGGCCAUGGUAGACAGUCCUGCUGUCCAGCACUUCCUGGUUUCCCAGGUUACCAGGAGCCUGGAUGUGUGGAUCGGCUUCUCAUCCAUGGAGGGGGUGGAGGCAGGCCCAGCACCCCAGGGCGAAGCCUUCAGCCUGGAGAGCUGUCAGAACUGGCUGCCGGGGGAGCCACACCCAGCCACAGCCAAGCACUGCGUGCGACUAGGGCCCGCUGGGCAGUGCAACACAGACCUGUGUUCGGCACCUCACAGCUAUGUCUGUGAGCUGCGGCCUGGAGGCCCUGUGUGGGACGCUGAGAAUUUCCUUGUGGGAGUACCUGGCAGGGGCCUGCAGGGACCACUGAAUUCCCUGGUGCAGCAGGAGGCUCUCCUGGCUCCCCAGCAGCCUGUGGAGGUCAUGGUGUUUCCUGGCCUGAGCAUGAGCCAUGAAGCCUUUCUCACUGCAGCAGAAUUUGAGACCCAGCAGCUUGAGGGGCCCACCCAGCUGCGGCUGCAGGUGUUUCGGUCCUCAGGAGGGGCAGUGGCCCCAGAAAGUAACAGUGAGCCUGACAACAGGACUGAGUUGGCCUCCAACUAUAUGCCGGAGGGGCGCUGGUGUCCCAGAGCCAAUGUCUGCGUGCCACUGGAUGCUUCCUGCCACCCUCAGGCCUGUGCCAAUGGGUCCAUGUCAGCACCCAGGCUCCCCAGGGCCACCUAUGCACUAUGGAGGGAGUUCCUCUUCUCUGUGCCCGCAGGGCCCCCCACGCAGUACUCGGUCACCCUCCAUGGCCAGGACGUCCCUAUGCUCCCUGGUGACCUCAUUGGCCUGCAGCAUGAUGCUGGCCCAGGUGCCCUGCUCCAUUGUUCCCUGGAGUUCAGCCAUCCAGGCCUUGAAGCCCUGUACCUCUCCAUCAAUGCCUCAGAUUGGCUGACCCACCUGCCUGCCCAGCUGGAGGGGAUUCGGGCUGGCCCUGCCUGUGCCCUGCAGCUGUUCUCAGCCACAGAGCGGCUCACACCACUGCUGGGCCUGAGGCCCAACCCAGGGCUGCAGCAUCCCGGGCGCUAUGAGGUCCAGGCCAUGGUGGGCAACAGCGUGUCAAGUCACAACCUGUCCUGCGGCUUCAUUGUGUUCUCCCCAGUGGCUGGACUGCAGGUCAUUCACCCUGUCCCCCUUGAUGGUCACCUCUACGUGCCAACCAACGGCUCAGUCUUGGUGCUUCAGGUGGACUCUGGUGCCAAUGCCACAGCCACAGCUCAGUGGCUUGGGGGCAGCAUUAGCGCACCCUUCGAGGCUGUCUGUCCCACUGUGGUGGACACUCACAAGCCUCCUUGCACUGACAAGACUAAUGGCACUCUGUUCUCAGUGCUGGCACUGCCCAGGCUCAGUGAAGGGGAACACACAGUGGAGAUUGUGGCACAGAAUGGUGCCAGCUGGGCCAACCUCAGCCUGAGGGUGAUAGCCGAGGAGCCUAUCUGCGGCCUCCGAGCCAUGCCUAGUCCUGAGGCCCGUGUGCUGCAGGGUGUCUUGGUGCGGUACAGCCCCAUGGUGGAGGCUGGCUCAGAUGUGGUCUUCCGGUGGACUAUUGAUGACAAGCAGUCCCUGACUUUCCACAAUGUUGUCUUCAAUGUAAUCUACCAGAGCGCUGCCAUCUUCAAACUCUCGCUGACAGCCUCCAACCACGUGAGCAAUGUCACUGUGAACUACAACGUCACUGUGGAGCGAAUGAACAGGAUGCGGGGUCUGCGGGUAUCUGCAGUGCCGACUGUGCUGCCCCCCAAUGCCACACUGGUGUUGAUGGCCAGCGUGCGGGUGGACUCUGCUGUGGAGGUGGCCUUCCUGUGGAUCUUUGGGGAUGGGGAACAGGUGCUGAGCCAGUUCAAGCCUCCGUACGACGAGUCCUUCCAGGUCCCGGACCCUACAGUGGCCCAGGUGCUGGUGGAGCACAAUACCACGCACAUCUAUGCUGCCCCAGGUGAGUACAACCUGACCAUCCUCGUAUCCAACACCUACGAGAACCUGACGCAGCAGGUGUCUGUGAGCGUGCGCACCCCGCUGCCCAGUGUGUCUGUGGGCAUGAGCAGCAGCUUCCUGGUGGCUAAUCAGCCCGUCACCUUCUCUCCACAUCCGCUGCCCUCACCUGGUGGCAUCUUAUACACAUGGGACUUUGGGGAUGGCUCCCCUGUCCUGACACAGAGCCAGCCAGCUGUCAACCAUACCUACACCAUGACUGGUGUCUACCACAUUUGCCUAGAAGUCAACAACACUGUGAGCAGUGUGGUGGCACAUGCUGAUGUCCAUGUCUUCCAGGAGCUACGAGGCCUGAGUGUGCACCUGAGCCCCACUGUGGAGCAGGGAGCCCCUGUGGUGAUCAGUGCAGCUGUGGAGAUGGGUGAUAACGUCACUUGGACGUUUGACAUGGGGGAUGGCACAGUGCUCACAGGCCCUGAGCCCGUGGUGCACCAUGUGUACCUACGGGCACAGAACUGGACAGUGACAGUGGACGCAGCCAGUCCUGUGGGCCACCUGACCCAGCGCCUGCACGUGCAGGUCUUUGUCCUGGAGGUGCUGCACAUCGAGCCCACUGCCUGCAUCCCCACGCAGCCUGAUGCUCAGCUGACAGCCUAUGUCACUGGGGACCCUGCCCACUACCUUUUCGACUGGACCUUUGGGGAUGGUUCCUCUAAUAUGACUGUCCAGGGGUGCCCCACGGUUACUCACAACUUCACACAGAGUGGCACGUUCCCCCUGGCAUUGGUCCUGUCAAGCAGUGUGAACAAGGCACAUUACUUCACCAGUGUCUGCGUGGAGCCUGAGGUAGGCAAUGUUACCCUCGAGCCUGAGAGGCAGUUUGUACAGCUUGGGGGUGAAGUCCGGCUGGUGGCCUGCGCCUGGCCCCAAUUCCCCUACCGCUACACCUGGGAUUUUGGUAUUGAAGACACCAUACUCACUCGUGCUGGGGACCCUGAGAUGACAUUCACCUACCGAGACCCAGGCUCCUACUUGGUGACAGUCACUGUAUGUAACAAUGUCUCUGUUGCCAAUGACUCAGCUGUUGUGGAGGUACAGGAGCCUGUGGUGGUCACUGGCGUCAGGGUCAAUGGCUCUCAUGUGCUGGAGCUGCACCAGCUUUACCUGUUCUCUGCCAUGGGCUAUGGGCACCCUGCCACCUACCUGUGGGACCUGGGGGAUGGCAAGCAGCUUGAGGGCCCUGAGGUCACCCAUUUCUACAACAGUACAGGUGACUUCACCAUCAGGGUGGCUGGCUGGAAUGAAGUGAGCCAAAGUGAGGCCCACCUUGACGUCACAGUGAAGCGGCGCGUGCAGGGGCUCAGCGUCAGUGCCAGCCGCACAGUGGUGCCCCUGAAUGGCAGCGUGAGCUUUAGCACCUCACUGGAGGCAGGCAGUGACGUGCGCUACUCCUGGGUGCUCUGUGACCGCUGCACGCCCAUCCUUGGGGGCCCCACCAUCUCCUAUACCUUCCGCUCCGUGGGUACCUUCAACAUCAUUGUCACUGCUGAGAACGAGGUGGGCGCUGCUCAGGACAGCAUCUUCAUCUAUGUCCUACAGCUCAUUGAGGGUCUGCAGGUGGCAGGGGGCAUUGCUGGAUGCUGUUUCCCCACCAACCACACGCUGCAGCUGCAGGCCAUGGUCAGGGAUGGCACCAACAUCUCUUACAGCUGGACUGCCCAGCGGGAUGGUGACCCAGUCCUGACUGGCAGUGGCAAGGUCUUCUUGCUCACUGUGUUUGAGGCCAGCACCUACCACAUCCAGUUGCGGGCCACCAACAUGCUGGGCAGUGCCUUAGCUAACCGCACUGUGGACUUUGUGGAGCCUGUGCAGUGGCUGACUCUGACUGCCUCCCCUAACCCAGCUGCUGUCAACGUGAACAUCACCCUCCAUGCUGAGCUGGCUGGUGGCAGCGGUGUCAUUUUCACUUGGUCCCUGGAGGAAGGGCUGAGCUGGGAGACAUCCAAGCCAUCCACCACCCAUGCCUUUCUCUUAGCUGGACUGUACCUUAUCAGGGUCAUGGCUUUUAACCAGUUGGGCUCAGCCAAUGCCACCAUUGAGGUAGCUGUGCAGGUGCCUGUGAGUGGUCUCAGCAUCAGGACUGGCAAGCCAGAUAGCAACUUUGUGGCAGCUGGUUCCUCUGUGCCCUUCUGGGGUCAGUUGGCCAUGGGUACCAACGUGAGUUGGUGCUGGGCUGUUCCGGGUGGCAACAAGCACAGCCAGCACAUUGCUGUGGGUUUCCCAGAUGCUGGCACCUUUUCUGUGCAGCUCAAUGCCUCCAAUGCAGUCAGCUGGGUGGCAGCCAUGCAUAAUGUUACAGUGGAGGAACCCAUUGUGGAUCUAGUGCUGUGGGCCAGCAGCAAGGUGGUAGCACCUGGACAGGUGGUCCAUUUUCAGAUUCUGCUGACUGCUGGCUCGGCCAUCACCUUCCGCCUGCAGGUUGGCGGGGCUGUUUCUGAGGUACUCCCAAGCCCCCAUUUCUCCCACAGCUUCUCUAGGGUUGGAGACCAUGUGGUGAGUGUACAGGCUGAGAACCAUGUGAGCCGGGCUCAGGCACAGAUUCGCAUCUUGGUGCUGGAGGCUGUUGGUGGGCUGCAGGUACCCAACUGCUGCGAGCCAGGCAUGGCCACAGGCACGGAGAAGAACUUCACAGCCCGGGUGCAGCGGGGCUCGCGUGUUGCCUAUGCCUGGUACUUCUCUUUGCAGAAAGUCCAGGGUGACUCACUGGUCAUUCUAUCAGGCCGCGAUGUCACCUACACCCCCGUGGCUGCAGGGCUGCUGGAGAUCCACGUGCGUGCCUUCAAUGAGUUGGGUGGUGAGAAUCUCACGCUUGUGGUGGAGGUCCAGGAUGUCAUCCAGUACGUAGCACUCCAGAGUGGCCGCUGUUUCACCAACCGCUCAGCCCGGUUUGAGGCCGCCACAAACCCAAGUCCCCGGCGUGUGGCCUACCGCUGGGACUUUGGGGAUGGAGCACCAGUACAGGACACAGAGGAGCCCUGGGCCGACCACUCCUAUUUGCAGCCUGGAGACUACCAUGUAGAGGUGAACGCCACCAACCUGGUGAGCUUCUUUGUGGCACAGAUCACAGUGACUGUCCAGGAGCUGGCCUGUAGGGAGCCCGAGGUGGACGUGGCCCUGCCCCUGCAGGUGCUGAUGCGACGCUCCCAGCGCAACUACCUGGAGGCCCAUGUCAACCUGCGUGACUGUGUCACCUACCGGACUGAGUAUCGCUGGGAGGUGUACCGAACUGCUAGCUGCCAGCGGCCGGGGCGUGUGGCUCGAGUGGCCCUGCCUGGUGUGGACGUGAGCCGGCCCCAGCUGGUGGUGCCACGACUGGCGCUGCCUGUGGGCCACUAUUGCUUUGUGUUCGUGGUGUCAUUUGGGGACACACCACUGGCACGGAGCAUCCAGGCCAAUGUGACAGUAGCUGCUGAGCGUCUGGUACCCAUCAUCAAAGGUGGUUCAUACCGCGUGUGGUCUGACACACAGGACCUGGUGCUGGAUGGGAGCAAGUCCUAUGACCCUAACCUGGAGGAUGGUGACCAGACACCACUCAGCUUCCACUGGGCCUGUGUGGCCUCAACUCAGAGCAAAGCUGGUGGGUGUGUGCUGAACUUCGGUCCUCGUGGGAGCAGUGUGGUCACCAUCCCCCGGGAGCGCCUGGAAGCUGGCGUGGAGUACACUUUCAACCUCACUGUGUGGAAGGCAGGCCGGAAGGAGGAGGCUGCCAACCAGACGGUGCUGAUCCGGAGUGGCCGAGUACCUAUCGUGUCCCUGGAGUGCGUGUCUUGCAAGGCCCAGGCUGUGUAUGAAGUGAGCCGAAGCUCCUAUGUGUACCUCAAGGGACACUGCCACAACUGCAGCAGUGGUUCCAAGCAAGGGCGCUGGGCUGCACGCACCUUCAGCAACAAGACACUGGUGCUGGAUGAGACAACCACAUCCACGGGCAGCUCAGGCAUGCGGCUGGUGUUGCGGCGUGGCGUGCUGCGUGAUGGUGAGGGCUACACCUUCACACUCACGGUGCUGGGCCACUCAGGGGAGGAGGAGGGCUGUGCCUCCAUCCGUCUCUCGCCCAACCGCCCUCCGCUUGGGGGCGCUUGCCACCUCUUUCCGCUGGACGCUGUGCAUGCCCUCACCACCAAGGUGCACUUUGAAUGCUCAGGCUGGCGAGAUGCAGAGGACUCUGGGGCCCCGCUGGUGUAUGCCCUGUUCUUACGGCGUUGUCGCCGAGGCUACUGUGAGGAUUUCUGCGUCUACAAGGGCAGCCUUUCCAGCUAUGGGGCUGUCCUACCGCCUGGCUUCAGGCCACACUUUGAGGUGGGCCUGACUGUGGUUGUGCAAGACCAGCUUGGUGCUGCUGUGGUUGCACUCAACAGGUCUCUAGCCAUUGUCCUGCCAGAGCCUAAUGGUACCUCUGUGGGCCUCAUGCCCUGGCUACACAGCCUGACUGCCAGCGUGCUGCCCGGGCUGCUAAGGCAGGCCGACCCCCAGCAUGUCAUCGAGUACUCCUUGGCCCUCAUCACCGUGCUUAAUGAGUAUGAACAGGCCCCAGAUAUGGUGGCAGAGUCUGACCAUGAGCGACAGCUGCGAGCCCAGGUGCGCAAGAACAUCACAGAGACCCUGGUCUCCCUGCGGGUCAACACCGUGGAUGACAUCCAGCAGAUCACUGCUGUGCUGGCCCAGUGCAUGGUGUCCAGCAGGGAGCUCGUGUGCCGCUCAUGCCUAAAGAAGCUGCUGCACAAGCUGGAGGGUAUGAUGCGCAUCCUUCAGGCCGAGACCACUGAGGGCACGGUGACACCCACCACAAUCGCCGACAGUAUCCUCAACAUCACAGGGGACCUCAUCCACCUGGCCAGUUCAGACGUGCAGGGCCUGCAGCCCUCAGAGCUGGGGGCUGAGCCACCUUCGCGAAUGGUGGCGUCCAAGGCCUACAACCUCUCCUCGGCCCUCAUGUGCAUCCUCAUGCGCUCCCGUGUGCUUAAUGAGGAGCCUCUGACCCUGGUGGGUGAAGAGAUUUUGGCCCAGGGCAAGCGCUCAGACCCACUGAGCCUGUUGUGCUACGGCAACACCUCAGGGCCUGGCUGCCAUUUCUCCAUCCCUGAGGCCUUCAGCGGGGCCCUGUCCAAUCUCAGUGAUGUGGUGCAGCUCAUCUUCCUUGUGGACUCCAACCCCUUCCCCUUUGGCUACAUUAGCAACUACACCGUGUCCACCAAGGUGGCGUCCAUGGCCUUCCAGACACAGGCUGGCACCCAGAUCCCCAUUGAGCGCCUGGCUGCAGAGCGUGCCAUCACAGUGAAGGUGCCCAACAACUUAGACCAGGCUGCCCAGGGCUCAUACACCCCUGCAGGCUCCGCCAUCAUCCAGCCCCGGGCCUCAGUCAGUGCCGUGGUCACCCCGGACAACAGCAAUCCUGAGGCUGGGCUGCACCUGCAGCUCACGUACACAAUGCUCAAUGAGCUCUACCUGUCUGAGGAGCCCGAGCCCUACCUGGCUGUCUACCUGCACUCGGCACCCCGCCCCAAUGAGUAUAACUGUUCUGCCAGAAGGAGGAUCAGCCUAGAAGUGCUCAAGGGUGCUGAUCACAGGCCCUAUACCUUCUUCAUUGCCCCAGGGACUGGGGACUCAGGUGGGAGUUACUACCUGAACCUGACUAGCCAUUUCCACUGGUCGGCCCUGGAGGUGUCCGUGAGCCUGUAUACAUCCCUGUGCCAGUAUUUUAGUGAGGAGGAGAUGAUGUGGCGGACUGACGGACUCGUGCCUCUGGAGGAGACCUCACCCAGCCAGGCUGUCUGCCUCACCCGCCACCUCACGGCCUUUGGCGCCAGCCUCUUUGUGCCUCCCAGCCAUGUCCACUUCAUCUUUCCUGAGCCAUCUGCGGGUGUGAACUACAUUGUCCUGCUGACAUGUGCUGUGUGUCUGGUGACCUAUAUGGUCAUGGCUGUGAUCCUGCGCAAGCUGGACCAGCUGGAUGUCCGCAGGGUCCGCAUCAUCCCAUUCUGUGGAAAGCGGGGGCGCUUCAAGUAUGAGAUCCUGGUCAAGACUGGCUGGGGUCGAGGCUCAGGUACCACGGCCCAUGUGGGCAUCAUGCUGUAUGGAGUGGACAGCCAGAGUGGCCACCGGCACCUAGAUGGAGACAGAGCCUUCCACCGGAACAGCCUGGACAUCUUCCAGAUUGCCACCCCACAUAGUCUGGGCAGGGUGUGGAAGAUCCGUGUGUGGCAUGACAACAAAGGGCUCAGCCCCGCCUGGUUCCUGCAGCAUGUCAUCGUCAGGGACCUGCAGAGUACCCACAGCACCUGCUUUCUGGUCAACGACUGGCUUUCUGUGGAGACUGAGGCCAAUGGGGGACUGGUAGAGAAGGAGGUGCUGGCAGCAAGUGACGCAGCCCUGUGGCGGUUCCGGCGCCUCCUAGUGGCUGAACUGCAGCGUGGCUUCUUUGACAAGCACAUCUGGCUGUCCUUAUGGGACCGGCCACCUCGAAGCCGCUUCACCCGUGUCCAGAGGGCCACAUGUUGUGUCCUCCUCCUCUGCCUCUUCCUGGGUGCCAAUGCUGUGUGGUACGGGGUUGUGGGACAUGUCACCUACAGCACAGGACCUGUGUCCAGUCUGAUCCCACCGAGUGUUGACACAGUUGCCAUUGGCCUGGUGUCCAGCAUGGUGGUCUAUCCUGUCUACUUGGCCAUCCUGUUCCUCUUCCGGAUGUCUCGGAGCAAGGUGGCUGGGGGUCUGAACUCCAUCACCACAGAGCAGCAGACAGUGGACUUUGACAGCUACCUGGACUCAUCUGUGCUGGAAAGCUCCUUCCUCACACUUUCAGGUCUCCGUGCUGAGGCCUUCGCUGCACAAAUCACAGGUGACUUAUUUCUGGAUGAUUCUAAAAGCCUGGUGUGCUGGCCAUCCAGUGAAGGCACACUCAGUUGGCCAGACCUGCUCAGUGAUCCAUCCAUUGUGGGCAGCACCCUGCAACAGCUGGCACGGGGCCAGAUGGGCCACACGUUGGGCCCAGAGGAAGAUGGUGUCUCUCUGGUCAGUCCCGCCUCACCUGCCAAAUACUUCUCUACAUCAGAUGGAGACCUGACGCGGCAAGUCCUGGCAGAAGAGGCCGGCACCCUGGCUCCCACCCACGGCACCUAUGUAGAAACGGACCUGCUUACCAGCUUGUCCAGCGCCCCUGGAGAGAAGACUGAGACGCUGCUGCUGCAGAGACUGAGGGAAAAGGGGCCUCCCAGUCCGGGCCUGACCUGGGAACAGCCUGCGUUGACAAGGCUCUCCAGGACAGGACUGGUGGAAGGGCUUCGGAAGCGACUGCUGCCCACCUGGUGUGCCCCCCUGGCCCACGGGCUCAGCCUGCUUCUGGUGGCUGUGGCCAUGGGAGUCUCAGGGUGGGUUGGUGCCAGCUUCCCCCGUGUAAGUGUCACUUGGCUGCUCUCGAGCACCUCCAGCUUCCUGGCCUCAUUCCUUGGCUGGGAGCCACUGAAGGUCCUGCUGGAAGCCCUCUACUUCUCACUGGUGGCCAAACGGCUGCACCCAGAUGAAGAUGACACCCUGGUGGAGAGCCCAGCUGUGACACCUGUGAGUGAGCGUGUGCCCCGUGUGCGGCCCCCUCAUGGUUUCGCACUCUUCCUGGCGAAGGAGGAAGCCCGCAAGGUCAAGAGGCUACACAGCAUGCUGAGGAGCCUCUUGGUGUACAUGCUCUUCCUGCUGGUGACACUGCUGGCGAACUAUGGGGACGCCUCGUUCCAUGGCCACGCCUAUCGUCUGCAAAGUGCCAUCAAGCAGGAGCUGGACAGCCAGGCCUUCCUGGCCAUCACCCGGUCCGAUGAAUUCUGGCCAUGGAUGUCCCAUGUGCUGCUGCCCUACAUCCAUGGGAACCAGUCCAGUCCUGAUCUGGGGCCCCCACGGCUGCGGCAGGUGCGGCUGAAGGAAGCAUUCUGCCCUGACCCUCCCCGCUCAGAGGUGCACAGGUGCUCAGCCGUGGGAGGCUUCAGCACCGGGGACUAUGGCAUUGGGUGGCAGAAUGCAGCUCACAAUGACUCCGAGACAUGGGCGUACUCUGCACCUGACCUGCUGGGUGCCUGGUACUGGGGCUACUGCGCGGUGUAUGACAGUGGUGGCUACGUGCAGGAGCUGGGCCUGAGCCUGGAGGAAAGCCGCGCACGGCUAGGCUUCCUGCAGCUGCACAACUGGCUUGACAGCAGGAGCCGCGCAGUGUUCGUGGAGCUCACGCGUUACAGCCCUGCCGUGGGACUGCAUGCUGCUGUCACGCUGCGCCUCGAGUUCCCUGCUGCUGGCCAUGUGCUGACCGCCUUCAGCGUCCGGCCAUUUGCUCUGCGGCGCCUCAGUACUGGCCUGUCAUUGCCUCUGCUCACCUCGGUGUGCCUGCUGCUGUUUGCGCUGUACUUCUCCAUGGCUGAGGUGCGCACCUGGCGCAGGGAGGGCUGCGUGCGAGCAGUGCGGCCUGGGGCCUGGGCACGGUGGCUGCUGGUGGCACUGACCGUGUCCACAGCGCUGGUGCACCUGGCUCAGCUGGGUACUGCUGACCGCCAGUGGACCCGCUUCCUGCGCAGCCGCCCGCACCACUUCACCAGCUUCGACCUGGUGGCUCAGCUGAGUGCUGUGGCCCGUGGCCUGGCGGCCUCACUGCUCUUCUUGCUCUGGGUCAAGGCUGCCCAGCAGCUGCGGUUUGUGCGUCAGUGGUCUGUUUUCAGCAAGACAUUGUGCAGGGCCCUGCCAGAGCUUGUGGGGGCCACCCUGGGCCUGGUUGUGCUUGGUGUGGCCUAUGCCCAGCUGGUUGUUCUGCUCGUCUCCUCCUGCGUUGACUCUCUCCAGAACAUGGCCGCCUUCUUAGUGCUAUGCCCUGGGACCAGGGUCCCCAGUCUGUGCUCCACUGAGUCCUGGUACCUGACCCCCCUGCUGUGUGGAGGGCUCUGGGCUCUGCGAGUCUGGGGUGCCCUGAGGCUGGGGUCUGUCAUCCUGCGUUGGCGGUACCAUGCCCUGCGUGGAGAGUUAUACCGUCCGGCCUGGGAGCCCCAGGACUAUGAGAUGGUGGAGCUUUUCUUGCGCAGGCUGCGCCUCUGGAUGGGCUUCAGCAAAGUUAAGGAGUUCCGCCACAAAGUCCGCUUUGAAGGGAUGGAGCCGUUGCCCUCCCGCUCGUCCAGGGGCUCCAAGUCCCCUCCUGUUGCGCCCCCACCUAGUGCCGGCUCGGAUGCCUCCCAUCCCUCCACCUCCUCCAGCCAGCUGGAUGGGCUGAGCUCGGGUUUAGGCCGUCUGGGGCUGAGGGGGGAGCCGGAGCCCUCCCGCCUCCACGCAGUGUUUGAGGCCCUGCUCACUCAGUUUGACCGACUCAACCAGGCCACAGAGGAUGUCUACCAGCUGGAGCAGCAGCUACAGAGCCUUCAAGGCCAGAGGAGCAGCAGGCCUCCCACCUCACCUCCCCCAGGCUGCUCCUCGUGCCCUCAGCCAGCCCUGACCAGCUGUCUUGCCCGGGCCAGUCAGGUCAUGGACCAGGCUACAGGCCCCAGCAGGGCAUCCCUAUGGGCCAAGAACAAGAUCCACCCACGCAAUACUUAG